UGUUACGUAUGUAUCUAUAAAAGGCGCAAAGCAGAUUUCGGUGUGUCGAUCCGUGUUAAGCGAAGCGAUCUAUUAUCAGGCAAGGCGGGCGACAAACCUGCCGUUUUGUGUUUCUAUGUACCCGGUCGUCAAGCGCGCGAGUUAGAUCUACUUGCACGCAGACGACGAUUUCUAUCUCAAUAUCAACAGCAGCAUCAGCUAUAAAUAUGGGUGAAGAAGUUGCCACUGUCCCCACGGGCAAGAAGGAACCGGAGAUACUGCAAGACAGCAGCUUAAUCUUGUUGGCGAGACACAUAGCCCAAGACAAAAUGGACUACCUCGAGUUCGGCAUGAGACUGAACAUACCCACUACCACCUUGGUGAACAUUGUCAACAGCGUGUCCAACAAGGAGAUCGUAGACGAGAAACUGAAAAAGACCGUGGCAGAGAAAUCCGUCCUGCUGUGGAAAGAACGGACCAAGGAAGUGAAAACCAGGGAAAGAAUCAAGGUCAUUGAGCACGCUCUCCGGGCCAUGGACAAGAAUGAUUUGGCGGACACUUUCCUUGAAAGACACUCGCAGAAUCAGGAGCUCACGGCGGAUUGUUUUCAGUGACGAAUCCAUGCUGAGGCUGGUGUUUCAAAUCAAAGUCAGUGAUAGACCAAUAACAUUUUUUGAAGAAGAAAAGUGCUCGAUAAACAUAUUUAUGCAUUUUGUUGGUACCGAUAGCCUUUUUAUUCAUCAGACGUGUAAAAGAAUAUGCACUGUAUAAAUGGGGGAAAAACCCCGCAAAACAAACAAAAUGCCAAAACAAUUUUGAAGACAUUUCAAGAUACGAAACAAAGGCGUUGAAAUAUACUAUUGGUAUAAUUUUGUAAAUAUAUGCCAUCAAAAUCAGUAUAAAUAUGUGAAAUUAUAUAAAUUAUUUUCAAAUGUUAGUCGUGUCUAUACCCAUGCAAUGCGAAAGUAUAUUGAUUUUAAAUUUAUAUACAAAAUAAAAUAUUUUAACAUUAACUCUU